GUGGAAAUAAUGUCGACGGCGAGCAACGGCGAUUUUAGCUUCGCCACCGGCGGAAAAGGUCGAAAUGGCCUGGCGAAGAUCCAGACGCAGAAGACUAAGCAGGAUGAGAUCUGCCAUGACGACAGCGCGCAGCCGGUGAAGGCGAGGACCCUGGACGAGUUGCAUUCGCUGCAGAAGAAGAAGUCGGCUCCGACCACUCCACUCACGGCGACUAACACCCCCUUCGCCGCCGCUGUCUCCGAAGAAGAACGCCACAAACAGCAGCUGCACUCCAUAAGCGCAUCAUUGGCAUCCCUAACUAGGGAAACCGGGCCCAAUGUGGUGAAAGGUGAUCCAGCAAAGACAACGCCGGAGACUCCACGGGUGUCUCAUGACUCACACGUGACCCAUCACCACCAUUACGAACCAACUUUCAACACUACUGACAGUUCCCUCAAGUUUACCCACAUCCUCUACAAUCUUUCACCUGCAGAGCUUUAUGAGCAAGCCUUAAAGCAUGAGAAAGGUUCAUUCAUCACGGCCAGUGGUGCAUUGGCUACAUUGUCGGGAGCCAAAACGGGCCGAUCCCCUAGGGACAAGCGUGUUGUCAAGGAUGAGGCAAGCAAUGAUCUUUGGUGGGGAAAGGGCUCACCCAAUAUUGAAAUGGACGAACAUACUUUCUUGAUCAACAGGGAAAGAGCUGUUGAUUAUCUCUGCUCGUUAGAAAAAGUUUAUGUGAAUGAUCAGUUUCUCAAUUGGGACCCGAACAAUCGCAUCAAAGUUAGGAUUGUUUCCGCAAGAGCUUAUCACUCCUUGUUCAUGCACAAUAUGUGUAUCCGACCCACACCUGAAGAGCUGGAGAAUUUUGGUACUCCGGACUUCACAAUAUACAAUGCCGGUCAGUUCCCAUGUAACCGUUACACCCACUAUAUGACAUCCUCCACUAGCAUAGACCUCAAUCUCUCUAGGCGGGAAAUGGUCAUCCUCGGCACACAGUAUGCUGGGGAAAUGAAGAAAGGUCUGUUUGGCUUAAUGCACUAUCUGAUGCCUAAGCGUCAAAUCUUAUCUCUUCACUCUGGGUGCAAUAUGGGCAAAGAUGGAGAUGUUGCUCUCUUCUUUGGAUUAUCAGGUACGGGAAAGACAACCCUGUCUACAGACCAUAAUAGGUACCUAAUUGGAGAUGAUGAACACUGUUGGAGUGAUUGUGGUGUAUCUAACAUUGAGGGAGGUUGCUAUGCAAAAUGCGUUGACCUCUCCAGGGAAAAGGAGCCUGAUAUCUGGAAUGCUAUCAAGUUUGGUACAGUCCUAGAAAAUGUGGUUUUCGAUGAACAUACUCGAGAAGUGGAUUAUUCAGAUAAAUCUGUAACAGAGAACACUCGGGCUGCUUAUCCAAUAGAAUACAUUCCAAAUGCUAAAAUUCCAUGUGUUGGUCCUCAUCCAAAAAAUGUCAUUCUUUUAGCUUGCGAUGCCUUUGGUGUGCUACCACCAGUGAGCAAAUUAAGUUUGGCUCAAACAAUGUACCACUUCAUCAGCGGUUACACAGCAUUGGUGGCUGGAACUGAGGAUGGUAUAAAGGAGCCUACUGCAACAUUUUCUGCAUGCUUUGGUGCAGCGUUUAUUAUGUUCCAUCCCACAAAGUAUGCAGCUAUGCUGUCUGAAAAAAUGCAGAAACACGGUGCAACCGGAUGGCUUGUCAACACUGGCUGGUCUGGUGGAAGAUAUGGAUCUGGCAGCCGCAUAAAGUUGGCAUACACCAGGAAGAUCAUUGAUGCCAUUCACUCGGGGAAACUGCUAGAAGCAAAUUACACAAAAACGGAGGUUUUUGGGCUUGAGAUCCCUACGGAGUUAGAAGGGCUGCCUUCUGAAAUCUUGAACCCCAUCAACACUUGGUCUAACAAGGAUGAAUACAAUACAACCCUGCUGAAGCUUGGAGGGCUGUUCAAGACAAACUUUGAGGUAUUCUUGAACUACAAAAUUGGGUCCGAAAACAACAGUCUGACUGAGGAGAUUUUAGCAGCCGGGCCAAACUUCUAAGUGCUAUUAUCUGGACACAGAUUGCUACAGAUGAUGACGAAAGAAAUGAUCAAUAAAUGAAUUUGUACGAGACUAUAUAUUGUACUAGAAAGGGUUUAUUAAACAAAAUGUGCAACUCUAUGUGCUGGCUGAAGUGCUGAACAAGUAAAUUUCACGUCUCUAUAGUGUGUCCUUACUCUAAUAUUGAAUGAAUGUCGACAAUUUGUUGCAUAAACAAGACUUUGUUAUAAGAAUGAGGUGGGGGCGAUAUGGUUUAUUAUGGGAUAAUGAUGAGAUAACCUGAGAAGUCUAAAAAAUAUGGAUAAAUUUUCGGGUCUCUUGGGCAUUUUAUAUGCCUUGAGAGUGUUUCUUCUUUAGUGGCAUUUCAUCACACCACCAUCAACAGUCUUUUUAAAGAAGUGUGUUCAUUCUUGUGUCCCCGUCGUUUUGGAAGAAAUAUGCUGCUGAAUUUAAGAUGAAUGUGAUGUUCUUGAACUAUUCUAUUAUUUGUAGAACCUUAGUUGUGAUACUUGUUACCAAGCAAAAUCUUUAAUCACAAAUUUUUAGGUGGAGUAUGAGGCUUUCAAUAUUAAGUUCACUUGGUUGAGUGCAUUGGCGGACCUGGUGUUUUUGAAGGGUGUUCACUUGAACACCAAAGUGAACACCUUGAAUUUUCAAAGAACCAGUAACUAGAACUAGGAUCUUUGCUGCAUUUUGACAAUAUUAGCCUCGUUUUGAAGAUUGGAUCCUGAGACUACCGAUUCAGUCCGCCUAUAAAAUCAAUUGCCUAAAUCCUCGCACGUAUUCGAGUGCCACUGCAAAUAUUUCAAUCUUUUCACCCUUAUUUAACAAUCUAUGCUCCAAAUAUCUACCCUAACCCGAGUGUGUGAAGUAGACGAUGAAUGGCAGAAUGAUGCUUGAGUUUAGGAUCUGUGGUACUCGAACAAAAUGGUAAACUCACCGCCUCAAUUAACCAUGUUGGACAUUAGCGGGAGAAAAAUCUCCUUAAAUCAGUAAAUCUGAUCCUGUGUGAGCUGUCUUUUUUGGAGCAUACUCAGCAUAGUGAUUAAAUGGCCGUUUAGUACCAAUAGCAAUGAAAUUUAGAUCUUUUAAAAAAUAGUAGGAAAAAUAAAAUGGUGUACUAAUUUAAUUUAUUGACAUUUUAGUAUUUUUUUAUUAGAAACAUGUUGCUAUAAUUUAUUAGCCGUUUAGUAAUUUUUUUUAUUGAAAAUGAUGCAUUUGGAUAAUUCUUGCAUAAAUUAAUACUAUCAUUUGAAAAAUAAUUUUAAUGUUAGAUCCGCCAUUGGUUGAGUGUAGAGACUAGAGAGAUAGUUGAUGUGUAGAGCCCAAGAAAGGACAUGAAAAUCAUCCAUUGAUGUGGACGCUAAUAAAAGCCUAUUUUUGCGCUGACUUGUGGAUGCAAAAAAUAAAAUAAAGAAAAUUAAAAACAUUGGAGAAAAUUAACAAUAAAACAUAACUUUCUUCACAUUAUCCAAAUACACAAAUAAAGAGAAGAAAAUAAAAAAGUAAAGAAAAUUUAGGGGGACCAUACCCUUGCCCAAAUUAAACAAUUCUAAAAAAAAAGGAUAACCAAAUGAAUAAGCAAUAAUGGAUCUUCUAACUAAUAAUGGUAAAUUGCCAAAAGGUACU